UGUUGAAUUGUACAUGCCUGGACUUUUAUCCGCAACACAGGAAUGGUUUCGUGUUUAUAAAAUACCAACUGGAAAGCCUGAAAAUAAAUUUGCUUUUAAUGGCGAAUUUAAGGAUAAAGAAUUUGCACACAAAGUUAUUGAGGAAACAAAUGAGUUUUGGAAAAGUUUAAUUGCAAGUAAUGAAACGGGAGGGUUAAACACGUUAGUUUAUUUUUUAAAUUAUUUAAUAAUAAAGUCGGAACUCAUACGUUCAAUAUCAAAUAGACUUCAUUGUCAGUUUAAGAUUUGUUUUUAA